GUUGCGGAGCACAGGCUCCGGACGCGCAGGCUCAAGCGGCCAUGGCUCACGGGCCCAGCCGCUCCGCGGCACGUGGGAUCCUCCCAGACCGGGGCGCGAACCCGGUUCCCCUGCAUCGGCAGGCGGACGCGCAACCACUGCGCCACCAGGGAAGCCCUCCUCUUCUUUCUUAUAUGAAGGGUGGCAUGCUAUAAAUAUUUGUAUUUGCUUUUUUUACUUAACAGUAUGUCUUGAAAAUCACCCUGUAUCUGUUCAUAGAUAUCCUAUUCAUUUUUUAAAAAUUAUUUAUUAAAUUUAUUUAUUUUUGGCUGCUUUGGGUCUUCAUUGCUGCACGCAGGCUCUCUGUAGUUGCGGCGAGCGGGGGCUUUUUUUCUUUGCGGUGUGCGGGCUUCUCAUUGUGGUGGCUUCUCUCGUUGCAGGCUUCAGUAGUUGUGACAUGCGGGCUCAGUAGUUGUGGCGCACGGGCUUAGUUGCUCUGCAGCAUGUGGGAUCUUCCCGGACCAGGGUUCGAACCCAUGUUCUUAACCACUGUGCUACCAGGGAAGUCCCUCCUAUUCAUUUUUUAAAAAACAGUUUUAUUGAUAUAUAAUUUAUAUACCAUACAGUGCACCCAUUUAAAGUUUACAAUUCAUUGGUUUUUAGUAUAUUCACAGAGUUGUGCAGGUAUCACCACAAUCAAUUUUAGAACAUUUUUUUCCCCCAAAAGGAACCCUGUGUCUAUUAACACUCACUUCCCAUCACCUCCUCCCCCAGCCCUAGGCAUUCACUAAUGUACUUUCUGCCUGUGUAAAUUUGCCUUUUCUGGACAUUUCAUAGAAAUGGGAUCAUACGGUGUGUGGUCUGUUGCUGCUUCCUUCACUGAGCAUCAUGUUUUCAUGGUUCAUCUGUGUUGUCAGUACUCCAUUCCUUUUUAUGGCUGAAUAAUAUUCCAUUGUACAGAUAGACCACAUUUUAUUUAUCCAUUCAUCAGUUGAUAGACAUUUGGGUUGUUUCUACUUUUUCGUUAUUAUGAAUAAUACUGCUAUGAACAUUUUCUCACUAAUUUUGCAGCUGCAUAUUGCUUCACUGUGUGGUUGUAUCAUAGUUUAUUUAUUCAUCCACUCUAUUGUCUGUGGCCAUUUAGGUUGUUUCCAGUAUCUUGUAGUUGCAAACUGCUGUGGUGAAUAACCCUGUGGUAUGUAUUUUUAUGUUGUUCAAAGUACAUCUUCAGGGUAGAUUCCCAGAACUGCUGGGUUGAAAGGUAAGUGUAACAAGGUAACAAAGGUCAUUUUGUUAGCUAUUGUCAAAUUCCUCUCCAGAGAGUUUGUACCAAAUUGCAUUCCCACCAGUGAUGCCUGAGAGUAGUGCCUAUUUGCCCACAACCUCACCACUAGUGUGUGCUUUCCUGCCUCACUUUUGGCCAAUGUGGUAGAGGAGAAAUGGAGUUUCAAUGUCGUUUUAAUUUGCAUCUCUCUAAUUAUGAGUGAGUUCCAACAUUUUUUCAUAUGUUUGAGAGCCAGUUGUAUGUCUUUUUGUGUGCGUGUGAAUUGUUUGCUCAUGUCUUUUCCCCACUUUUCUAUCCGGCGUUUGUUUUUCUAUCCUUCGGGAUUUUUUUUUUUAAACUUUGGUAAAGUAUACUUAACAUGAAAUGUACCACUUUAACUGUAUUUAAGCGUGCAGUUCCAUAGCAUUAAAUGCAUCCACGUGGUUGUGCAAUCAUCACCAGCACCAACCUCAUCUUCCCAAAUGGAAACUCUGCCCACUAAACAAUACCUCCCCAUCCUUCCCUCCCGCCAACCUUGGCAACCACCAUUCUACUUCCUGUCUUUAUGAAUUUGCCUAUUUUAGGUACCCCAUAUAAAUGGAAUCAUAGUUUUGUUACUGGCUUAUUUCCCUUAACAUAAUGUCUUCAGGGUUAAUCCAUGUAGCAUGUGUCAGAGGGUCCUUCCUUUUUAAGGCUGAAUCUUAUUCACAAGGGUUCCAAUUUCUCCACAUCCUCGUCAGCACUUGAACCCUUGGAGAACUCAGAGCCCAUUGUGAAGGUCGUAGCUCUGAGCUCUGUUGGCAGUAGCAGUGGUCAUUUUAUUUUAUACAUGUGGAGCACGUGUUCAGUCUCUUCCAAGGCUCAUUUCCACUGCCUGCUGAGUCCUUUGGGGCCUUCUGCCAGCCUCUCAGGAGCCGUGUGGGCUGGCACUGCCCUGCCGGUGCUGGGCAGUGCUGAGCGGCGCUGGGUGGUGUGCUGAAGCCUCUGACUAUGAUUCGAAUCGCAGCCUUAAAUGCCAGCUCCACGGUUGAGGAUGAUCAUGAAGGAAGCUUUAAAAGUCACAAGACCCAGACAAAGGAGGCGCAGGAAGCAGAGGCUUUUGCCUUGUACCACAAGGCCCUGGAUCUGCAGAAGCAUGACCGGUUUGAGGAGUCCGCCAAGGCCUACCACGAGCUCCUGGAGGCACGCCUGCUGCGAGAGGCAGUUUCGUCUGGUGAUGAGAAGGAGGGGUUGAAACACCCUGGACUGAUGCUGAAAUACUCCACGUUUAAGAACCUGGCCCAGCUGGCCGCCCAGAGGGAGGACCUGGAGACAGCCAUGGAGUUCUACCUGGAGGCGGUCAUGCUGGACUCCACAGACGUCAACCUCUGGUAUAAAAUCGGACACGUGGCCCUGAGGCUCAUCCGGGUCCCCCUGGCUCGCCACGCUUUUGAGGAAGGGCUGCGGUGCAAUCCUGACCACUGGCCCUGCUUGGACAACCUCAUCACUGUCCUGUACACCCUCAGCGAUUACACCACUUGUUUGUACUUCAUUUGCAAAGCUUUGGAGAAGGACUGCCGCUACAGCAAGGGGCUAGUUCUCAAGGAGAAGAUCUUCGAGGAGCAACCGUGUCUCCGCCAGGACUCCCUCCGGAUGUUCCUGAAAUGGAAGCUGACCUUCUUUGGAGAGGUGGUUGAUGAGCAUGUAGGACAGAUGAUGAGUCCUGACAUGUCCAUCCACGAGGUGUCGGUGAGCGCGGCCGAGUCGCAGGCCAUCAUGGACGAGGCCCUGGGGCUUCGGAGGAGGCGGCAGGCGCUGACCAUGCACGAGAAGGAGCCAGACCUGAGGCUGGUGCAGCCCAUCCCCUUCCUCACCUGGAAGUGCCUCGGAGAGAGCCUGCUGGCCACGUACCACCACCUCACCACCUGUGAGCCCCCGCGGCCCAGCCUCGGCAAGAGGAUCGACCUGUCCGACUACCAGGACCCUGGCCAGCCCCUAGUGUCCUCUGCCGUGGUGGCACCUGUCAGCGUGAUCCAGCCGAGCCCCGUCAACGCCAACCCCGAGGUGACCGUGGCAGAGCCUGUGCUCUCUUACGCCCCCGUGGCCACGGCCAGCUUCCUGCUGCACAGCCCCAGCCUGUUGGAGACGGGCAUCCCCGCGGGUGAUGUUUCUGGGGGAGAUAAAUCCAAGAAAGGGGUGAAGCGGAAGAAGAUUUCUGAGGAGAGUGGGGAGACGGCGAAGCGGCGGUCUGCCCGCGUCCGAAACACCAAGUGCAAAAAAGAAGAGAAGGUGGACUUCCAGGAGCUGCUGGUGAAGUUCUUGCCAUCCAGGUUAAGAAAGCUGGACCCCGAGGAGGAAGACGACCCCUUUAGUAACUACGAAGUCCCGUCAGAAGCCAAACUGGAGAACUUCCCAAGCGUCGGGCCCCACAGGCUGUCCUUCGACUCAGCCACGUUCAUGGAAUCUGAGAAGCAAGACGUGCACGCCUUCCUUCUGGGGAACCUGAGCAACGGGGGCAUCCUGGAGCUCAUGAUGCGCUACCUGAAGAGCAUGGGCCACAGGUUCCUGCUGCGCUGGCCACCGGGCCUGGCAGAGGUCGUGCUCAGCAUCUACCACAGCUGGCGGAGGCACAGCGCCAGCCUGCCCAACCCGCUGCUCAGGGACUGUGGCGACGGGCACAUCCAGGACAUGAUGCUGAUGUCCCUCUCCUGCAUGGAGCUGCAGCUGGACCAGUGGCUGCUGACCAAGGGCCGGAACUCUGCAGUGUCUCCUCGGAACUGCCCUGCGGGUGUGGUGAGCGGCAGGUUCGGGCCCGACUUCCCGGGAGCCCACUUCCUGGGAGACCUCCUGCAGCUGUCAUUCGCCUCGUCCCAGCGGGACCUGUUUGAGGAUGGCUGGCUGGAGUUUGUGGUCCGCGUGUACUGGUUGAAGGCACGGUUCCUGGCGCUGCAGGGAGACAUGGAACAGGCCCUGGAGAACUAUGACAUCUGCACGGAGAUGCUGCAGAGCUCCGCUGCCACCCGGGCUGCGGCGGGAGCCGAGCAAAGAGACGUCGUGAUCCGCCUGCCCAACCUCCACAAUGACUCGGUCGUCUCCCUGGAGGAGAUCGACAAGAACCUGAGGUCGCUGGAACGGUGCCAGUCACUGGAGGAGACUCAGCGGCUGUACGAGGCUGGCGACCACCGGGCCGUCGUGCGCCUGCUCCGCCCCACCUUGUGCCCCAGUGGGUUUGACCGGGCCAAACACCUGGAGUUCAUGACAUCUGUGCCUGAGAGGCCGGCCCAGCUGCUGCUGCUGCAGGACUCCUUGCUCCGGCUGGAGGACCACCGGCAGUGCUUCGAGUGCUCUGACGUGGCUCUGAAUGAGGCGGUCCAGCAGAUGGUUAAUGCCACUGAGGCUGCCGCCAAGGAGGAGUGGGUGGCCACGGUAACCCAGCUGCUGCUGGGCAUCGAGCAGGCGCUCUCAGCAGACAGCAGCGGCAGCAUCCUGAGCGACUCAUCCUCCGCCGCUGGCCUCACCCGUCUCACCAACAACCUCAUCCAGGUCAUCGACUGCAGCAUGGCCGUGCAGGAGGAGCCCAAGGAGCCCCAUGUGUCCUCGGUGCUGCCCUGGAUCAUCUUGCACCGCAUCAUUUGGCAGGAAGAGGACAGUUUCCGCUCCCUGUGCCACCAGCAGCAGCUCCAGAGCCCGGCAGACGAAGUGACAGCCGAUCUGCCCAUGCUCCCCUCCUCCCUCAUGCUGCUCAACACGGCCCAUGAGUACCUGGGCCGGAGGGCCUGGUGUUGCAACUCCGACGGGGCCCUGCUGCGAUUCUACGUGCGCGUCCUCCAGAAGGAGCUUGCUGCAUCCACCUCUGAGGACACUCACCCAUACAAGGAGGAGCUGGAGACAGCCUUGGAGCAGUGCUUCUACUGCCUGUACAGCUACCCCAGCAAGAAGAGCAAGGCCAGGUACCUGGAGGAGCACUCGGCUCAGCAGGUGGAUCUGAUAUGGGAGGAUGCCCUGUUCAUGUUUGAGUACUUUAAGCCCAAGACCCUUCCUGAGUUUGACAGCUAUAAGACCAGCACCGUGUCCGCUGACUUGGCCAACCUUCUGAAGCGAAUUGCCACCAUCGUGCCCCGUACAGAGCGGCCAGCCCUGAGCCUGGACAAAGUCUCCGCCUACAUUGAGGGCACCUCUGCAGAGGUGCCCUGCCUCCCGGAAGGGGCUGACCCCUCCCCUCCUGUGGUGAAUGAGCUCUACUACCUCCUGGCCGAUUACCAUUUCAAAAACAAGGAGCAGUCCAAGGCCAUCAAGUUCUACAUGCACGACAUCUGCGUCUGCCCCAAUAGGUUUGACUCCUGGGCGGGCAUGGCCCUGGCCCGGGCCAGCCGCAUUCAGGACAAACUGAACUCCAACGAGCUGAAGAGCGACGGGCCCAUCUGGAAGCACGCCACACCCGUGCUGAACUGCUUCCGGCGGGCGCUGGAGAUUGACAGCUCCAACCUGUCCCUGUGGAUCGAGUUCGGCACCAUGUCCUAUGCCCUGCACUCUUUCGCCUCACGCCAGUUGAAGCAGUGGAGGCCCGAGCUGCCUCCUGAGCUUGUACAGCAGAUGGAGGAGCGGCGAGACAGCAUGCUGGAGACCGCCAGGCACUGCUUCACGUCGGCGGCGCGCUGCGAGGGUGACGGGGAUGAGGAGGAGUGGCUCAUCCACUACAUGCUGGGCAAGGUGGCUGAGAAGCAGCAGCAGCCGCCCACCGUGUACCUGCGGCACUACUGGCAAGCCGGCCACUACCUGCACGAGGAGGCGGCCCGCUACCCCAAGAAGAUCCACUACCACAACCCCCCCGAGCUGGCCAUGGAGGCCCUGGAGGUGUACUUCCGGCUCCACUCAUCCAUCCUGAAGCUCCUGGGGAGGCCCGACUCUGGGGUCAGUGCGGAGGUACUGGUCAGCUUCAUGAAGGAGGCUGCAGAAGGGCCCUUUGCCAGGGGCGAGGAGAAGAAUGCGCCCAAAGCCUCAGAAAAGGAGAAGGCCUGCCUGGUGGACGAGGACUCCCACUCUUCAGCUGGGACACUGCCGGGCCCCGGAGCCUCCCUCCCCUCCUCCUCUGGCCCAGGUCUGACAUCCCCACCUUACACAGCCACUCCGAUUGACCACGAUUACGUCAAAUGUAAAAAACCCCACCAGCAGGCAACGCCGGACGAGCGUAGCCAGGAGAGCACGGCCGUGGCGCUUUCAGACUCCAGCUCGACGCAGGACCUCUUCAAUGAGCCUGCCAGCUCCCUGGAGGGUUCCCAGAAGCCUUACACAGAGAAGAGGCCGCCCGCUCCCAGUUCCCAAGUAGGACCGCCUGGGAAAGACCUUCAGGGGGCUGCAGAGGAUAGAGGAAAAGCCGAGGAGUCCUCGGAGAGCACGGAAGGCUUCCGGGCCACAGAGCAAGGCAGCCAGAAGCCUGCUGCCGACCCCCCGGCCUCCGCUGGCACCCCUGCCAAGCCCCCAACUUCUGUGCCUGCCCCAUGGGAUGGGAGGAAGAGAGGGGACCCACUGGGGGAGCCAGCUGCCUUUCCCCAGGGGCUGCCUGCCGGUGCCGAGGAGCAGCGCCAGUUCCUCACGGAGCAGUGCAUCACCUCACUCCGCCUGUGCCUCAGCCGCUUCCCCCAGCACUACAAGAGUCUCUACCGCCUAGCCUUCCUCUACACCUACAGCAAGACCCACCGGAACCUCCAGUGGGCCCGCGACGUGUUGCUAGGUAGCGGUAUCCCGUGGCAACAGCUGCAGCACAUGCCGGCACAGGGGCUCUUCUGCGAGAGGAACAAGACCAAUUUCUUCAACGGCAUCUGGCGGAUCCCCGUGGACGAGAUCGACCGGCCGGGCAGCUUUGCCUGGCACAUGAACCGCUCCAUUGUGUUGCUGCUCAAGGUGCUGGCCCAGCUCCGGGACCACAGCACCCUGCUGAAGGUCUCCUCCAUGCUGCAGCGGACCCCGGACCAGGGCAAGAAGUAUCUGCGAGAUGCUGACCGCCAGGUCCUGGCUCAACGGGCCUUCAUCCUCACUGUGAAGGUGCUGGAGGACACGCUGAGUGAGCUCUCGGAGGGGUCAGAACGCACAGGGCCCAAGGCCUGUGGCUUCCCCGGAGCCAGGAUGACCACCGACGUCUCCCACAAGGCCAGCCCUGAGGAUGGCCAGGAAGGCCUCCCGCACCCCAAGAAGCCCCCUCUGGCUGAUGGCUCAGGGCCAGGGGCCGAGCCAGGGGGCAAAGCAGGCCCCCACAACCACCGGCCUGUGGCUGUGGACACAGGAGAUGGUGCAGACCAGGGCGGGGAGCAGAAGGACAAGGAGAGCCCCCGGGCAGGCCCCACAGAGCCCAUGGACACGGGGGAGGCCGCCACCCACGGCUUGGACUCGGAGCGGGCGCCACCCCUGCAGCCAGGCCGCCCCCCAAGAGACUGGGGCCCUGAGAGCCGGCCAGCCGAGCUGUCCCUGGAGGAGCUGAGCAUCAGCGCCCGGCAGCAGCCCAGCCCACCCACACCGGCCCCACCAGCCGCCGCCGCUGCCCCAGCCACCACCCCUGGACCCAGGACAGGCGGCCACCCCGAGGAGGCACCUCCACGGCCCAGCCGCAAGAGGAAGCUCCUGGAGGACACAGAGUCCGGCAAGACCCUCCUACUGGAUGCCUACCGAGUAUGGCAGCAGGGCCAGAAGGGCGUGGCCUAUGACCUGGGCCGCAUCGAGAGGAUCAUGUCCGAGACCUACAUGCUCAUCAAGCAGGUGGACGAGGAGGCUGCCCUGGAGCAGGCCGUGAAGUUCUGUCAGGUCCACCUUGGGGCCGCCGCCCAGAGACAGGCUGCAGGGGACACACCCACCACCCCAAAGCACCCUAAGGACAGCCGAGAGAACUUCUUCCCUACAGCUGUGGCCCCUGCAGCCCCCGACCCCACGCCGGCAGACACCCCCCAGCGGCCCAGCGAUGGCCACACCAAGCCUCGUCCUGCACAGGCUGCCGCCCCGGCUGUUGUCACCUGUCCUCCCUCGGCGUCGGCCUCUACCCCAGACCCGUCCAAGGAUCCCGGGCCCCCACGGCCACACAGGCCCGAGGCCACCCCCAGCAUGUCCUCUUUAGGCCCAGAGGGAGAAGAGCUGGCAGGAGGGGCAGAGGGUACGGGCUUCCUGCCCCAGGAGCCGCGGUGCAGCGAGCAGGUGAAGACGGCCCCCGAGGGCCCUCCAGCAGAGCCGCACUGCUGGCCAGCAGAGGCGGCCCCCCGGACAGGUGCCGAGCCCACCUGCAGCCAGGUUGCCAGCUCCAAGGUGCCCAGUGGUGGGAGUGCCCAGCCACCCGAGGGCCACCUGGGCAAGGCUGAGCCUGGCCGGGCCAAAUCACGCCUCCUGCCCAACAUGCCAAAGCUGGUCAUCCCCUCGGCCACCACCAAGUUCCCCCCUGAGAUCACCGUCACGCCGCCCACCCCGACCCUGCUCUCGCCCAAAGGCAGCAUCUCAGAGGAGACCAAACAGAAGCUGAAGUCAGCCAUCCUGUCUGCCCAGUCGGCUGCCAACGUGAGGAAGGAGAGCCUGUGCCAGCCGGCCCUGGAGGUCCUGGAGACGUCGAGCCAGGAGUCCUCGCUGGAGAGCGAGACAGAUGAGGACGAUGACUACAUGGACAUCUGAGGGCCACUCCCCACGCACCACCACCCCCACGCCCCGCCCGGCGGGGUGUCCCCACCACAGGGCCACAGGCCACAGGAGCCCAGCAGGGCCUGCCUCCUUUUUUAUGAAGUGAUUUUCUUUGUAAACGUGACCGCCCCCAGCCAGGAGGCCGCUUCCACCCUCGGCGGGCUCUGCCUGGGUCACGGCAGCGGAGGGUCCUUUUUUGGUUGCUUUUCUAAUAAAGAUGGAACAGUCGUCUUGGCCUCUUUGUCCCCUGGGGUGGCGAUCCCUGUCCAGGCUUUCUGGGCCUUCCUCCCCCAGGCCAGGUCAGGGCCUGACCCACAGGCACCCGGGGAGCAGGCGGGAGCCACACGGGGCAGACGCUCCUGGGAGAGACAGCAGCCGGGCCUGGAAGGAGCACAGGGGUGAGGGCACGUCCCUCCAGGGUCAGGGUCAGGAGGGUCCCAGCCGUGCUGAGGAGGUGGCUUGCACCCCAAUGUGAUGGGCACCCUGGGGA